AUGCCAGAUCAAGACAAAGAAAAUGACGAGGCGACUGCUUUUCUCCAUGAUGAGGAUGAGGUGUCGCAAACAGGAAGAUGGGUUGCUUCACAAAGCCAUUACCGACGUUGGUGUUGUUUAACAGCCGUUAAUUUGUUGCUGUUUUUGGCAUUCACCGUCAUAAAUCUUACUAUUUGGUCUCGUCGCGGUCCCAGUUCCUGGCAAACAGACUUCCCAGACGCACGCAAGGCCGUUCAAUACGAGGAACAGACAUAUACUGGAGCUUUAACUUACGAUGCGACCCAGCGUCGAGUUAUCCGUCUACACGACGCAAAAGUGGAAUACUUCGGACCGCCAAGUCCAGAAAUAGAGCAAGCGUGGGAGGAGUUGCUACACGGUGAAUUUCCGACUAUGAGCAAGAAAGAAGCUACGCCAUUCUUGGACGAUUUGACACCACAGCGCAAGGAUGGAGAAUACCAUUUCGAGCCCGACGUUUUCCAUUCCCUUCAUUGUCUCAACGCCAUACGUAACGAGAUCCAACCAGUGCUCUACAAUGUUUCCAAUGAGGACAACGCUCACUCUCAAACUGAGCGGAAAAUAGCAGAGAAAAUCGGUGACCCCAUGUGGAACGUAAAACAUAUGGAACAUUGUUUGGACCGCAUCCGACAGGCCCUUAUGUGCCACGGCGAUCUGACUCCGUCUCCUCUUUAUUCAUGGCCGGGAUUUCCACUCUCUCUAGGGAGGUCAGGAGCACAUACUUGUCGAAAAUGGGAACCUAUUCGGGAAUGGAUGAAUGAGAGGGCUAGCAAUGGUAAAGCUCUUCACGAACGAUGA